UCUAGAACUAAAUACUGUUUUGAUGUGAUGUAAUUACCCGUAACCCGUUAUUAAUGUUAAAGAUUGCAUCUAACAGUUUGAAGGUUGUUAAAGGCAACAAGAAAACCAUUAGGAUAAUCUAAUACAGUUAGAGACAGUAUAUCGCGACGCAAAAACUGUACAAGAAAAUCGGUGCGGCAAUAAUCAUUAUUGAUAGAUUUGUAUUAUUUACUUAUCAAAUGUCUUCAACUUGGAUGUUUUCUUCGAAAUUUGACGAUAAUUAUGGCCGUACUCGGGAAUUUCCGUUGUAAACAGGUCUAAUUUCGAUGCAUGGUAGGUAUUCAGUUUAGUUCAAAAACUUUAAACGUUCAUUAACGGAAGAAAUAUUAAUCUACGUUUCUAAUGAGUUUGACAUUACUUUUUAAUAAGUGUGUGCCCGUAUUUCUUAGGUGUAAGUUUGAUAGAUUGGGUUCUACAUAUAAUGAAUAUACCCUUUUUGGCUCUUCUCGCACUUUUAUCGAGAGAAGCUUUUGCCCAAGAACUCUCUUCCCCAUGUCCCGGCGUCUUUAAUUAUGAGGCGCGCAUGGAAAAAGACAAAUGGUAUGGAGUGAUAACUGCUAGAACAGCUGAGGAAUUGUCUGGUGUGUGGAUCACUGUUAAAUUGGACACCAAAGCAGAAUUACUAGGGAAUUGGUUUGGAGAAACUUAUUCAACGGACAAUCAAGAAUUUCGUAUCUCAAAUCCUGAGUAUAUCCUCGAAGCGGGACCACCUGUAUCCAUAAGAUUUUUCGUGAGGUACAAUCAAUCUAAGAAAGUUCCACAGGUUCAAGUGAUACGACUUAACGGAAAAACAAUUUGCAGCGAAGACAAUGAAUUUAAACCAUCAACUCCUAAAUUACACAUCAGUAAACCAAAUAUUUAUAAACAACCUUCAAUAGGAGCUGGUUUAAGUUACGAACCUAGCAGUACUAACUUACACUCGGAUGUAACAACCAUAAAUAUACCUUCAACUAGUCAUAUAAUCAGUACCGGUCACAACAGCUUUACUAGACCUCACAUUAUAUCAUCAACAGAGGAUAAUUCUUUCAACAACCCAUAUGGUAGCUUAAGUACAAUAGGCAAUUCAAAUGAAGCUUCUCGAGUUUCAGACAGCUAUAAAAGACCAUCAUCUAGUUCAAUAGGCAGUUCCAAUCAACCACCUCGUAAUUCAUAUAAUUAUAGACCAUCACCUAGCACGAUAGGUAGUUCCAAUCAACCUCAUCGAGUGUCGGACAGCUAUAGACCAGCGUCUGGUGCGGGUUUAGGAGAUAGUUACAGUAAUCAAUAUGGCAGUUCUGGUUUCCAAAUAAUCAAUAGUAAACCAUCAGUUGGGCAAGAUCCCUACAAAUCACUGGGUGGUUUGAUGGCUCAAGAUUCUUUUGGAACACCAUAUGGGGGAUCGAUUGCUGGAAAUUCUAGAGAAUCACAGAAUUAUGAUAAAAACAAACAUCCUGUUGGAAGUUUUUCGGUUGAAGGCAAUUCGCAAUCUAUUAAUGGAAAUAACACACCUUAUGUUAGACCAAGUGAAAAUAAUAAUUCACCAAGGCCAUCUCAAGACGUAAAUAGCGUAAGUACAACGUCCAACAAAGGCAACAGAAAUAGAGUACAUGACUCGGACGAAGACUUCUUUCACGGAGACUUCAAUGUGGACAAACCUUCUUCUUCUUCUUCGUUACGCCCAAGACCCGCAGGGCCGGAUUCCAGCAAACCUUUGGAAUGCGGUACUGUAGCAUACAGACCAAGACCGUUGAUUACCAAUGGACAAGACACAGUACCAGGCGAGUGGCCUUGGCAUGCAGCUAUAUAUCACACCAAAGGCAUCCACCUUGUUUACAUUUGCGGAGCAAGUCUGAUUUCUGAUAAGUUCGUUUUAACUGCAGCUCAUUGCGUAACAAAACCUCGAAGUAAUAAAAUGGUAGAAUCGAACAGCAUACUAGUAUAUUUUGGGAAGUAUAACUUGAAGACAUUUGGACCGGAAACACAAGACAGGGACAUAACCGAAAUUUAUGUACAUCCCGAUUUCAAUUCUACAGUGUAUUAUAACGAUAUUGCCAUUCUUAAAUUAUCUAGACCCAUAGAGAUAACCGAUUUUGUUCGACCCUGUUGUCUUUGGAGUGAAGAUACAAAUUUAGAGACCGUCGUAGAAAAACAGGGUACAGUCAUCGGAUGGGGAUUCGAUGAAAAUAAGAAAAUUUCCGAAAAAUUAAUGCAAGCCAAAAUGCCAAUUGUAUCAACCAUAAACUGCAUUUAUUCAAAUAGAGACUUUUUCGCAAAAUUUACCUUUGACAAGAAUUUUUGUGCAGGAUUUCUUAAUGGAACUUCGGUGUGCAAUGGAGACUCCGGAGGGUCCAUGGUGUUCCCAAAAAGAGGAACUAGCGGCCACAGUACAGUCUGGCAGAUCAGGGGCAUUGUUUCGGUGGGCGUUGCCCUGCAAAGCGAAGGAGUUUGUGAUACCUCACAAUACGUUAUCUUCACUGACGUCGCUAAGCAUUUAAGUUGGAUAAAUCAGAUUUUAAAGAACUGAUCGUUAUAACUAAGAGGGUUCGAAGUGGUUUGUAAAAUUAAAUCUUUCUUCCCUUAUUUUGUAAGAGCUAGAGAUUAUUUUACUGGUAUAUUUUCCUAUAUCCUGUUUGAUUAGUUAAUUCGUACCUAUGAUUUCCUUUCCUUUUGUUCUUCCAUCAUCUUGUCUAAUCCAAUCAUUGCAGAGACAUUUAAUGUUCCCUUGUAAGAUCUAUUAGACAAGAAUUUCCUAGAACCAGUCCCUACACAUGGUAAUUCAAAAAAUGUGAAGAAAGAGAG